AUUCUUCUUCACUUCUCUGCUUCAUAACUCCCAACCAAAAAAAAAAACAACACAAGCAUAACUUAGACAAACAAACAAAAAGACUUUUAAUUCGAACAAUCUUUAAACAAACCACUGUUCUCAGAGUUACCCAGUGAGAUCAUUCGAUUUUUUUAACAGUGGUUUCACUUUCUAAAAGUUAAACCGAGAGUUAGUUUUUCUUUUUUACCGACGAACUAGCGUUCUAAUGGAUAACAACGAUGAUAUUAUGCUGGCGGAGAUGAGGCCGAAGAAGCGUGCGGGGAGGAUAGUGUUCAAGGAGACACGUCACCCAGUUUACAGAGGAAUACGGCGUAGGAACGGCGACAAAUGGGUCUGCGAAAUCCGAGAGCCGACGCACCAACGCCGCAUUUGGCUAGGGACUUAUCCCACGGCGGAGAUGGCGGCGCGUGCACACGACGUGGCGGCUUUUGCUCUGCGCGGGAGAUCCGCGUGUUUGAAUUUCGCCGACUCCGCCUGGCGUCUUCCGGUGCCGGAAUCAACCGAUCCAGAUGUCAUAAGGAGAGUGGCUGCGGAAGCAGCAGAGAUGUUCAGGCCGACGGAGUUCGAGAGUGGGAUCACGGUUUUGCCCUCUUACGGCAAUGAGGUGUAUUUGGGCUCUGGUUCGGGAUGGGAGGAGAGGAAUAUGUAUGGAUAUGUGGAAGAAGAAGAAGUCUCGACGACGAUGAGGAGACUGGCGUCUGAGCCGUUAAUGUCACCGCCACGAUCUUAUAUGGAAGGCAUGACUUCUAAUGCUUACAUGGGAGAAGAGAUGUGUUGUGAAGACACAUCACUGUGGAGUUACAGUUAUUAAGCGGGACGCACAUUUUAUUUACAUUAUAUUUGAAUAUAUACUAUAUAAAAUGUGUGCUAGCAAUAGUAUGCGAGUUGUUAAGAUUUAUCUUCUGAGGUGUAGAUCCUUUGUUUGAGUUACAAGGUUCCUUGAUGGAAUAAUUUUGUAUUGUUUAGUAUAAGAAGAUCUUAUAAAAUGAUUUGAUGAAUC